CUCACAUGUUGAAGGGCCGAUUCCGCUGUAGGCAUUACCUUCCAGAACAUGGAGAAAAUACUGCACAUGGUCUUGAUGUUCGUAUUCCAGAUCGCAAUUGUUCACGCAGAGGAAACUUGUGGAGUGCCUGGAACAACCAGAUAUGUUUAUAGAAAGAACCCAAAAUCUCCUCAUGCUUCUAUCAUAAAAGGCAUAGAAUCAAAACAACUAAAAUGGCCCUGGAUGGUCGUUAUUACGAAGAGAAACGUUUCCUCUACGCACUGCACUGGUUUUCUAAUUGACAGAACACACGUUCUAACUGCUGGUCACUGUUUCAUGCGAAGCAGAUCUCCUGACAAAUAUACGAUUGUAAUUGGCAACGUCAAGAUACAGAACGGAAAAAAGUACUACAUCAGCCGAAUCAACGUUCAUAAAGGAUAUAACGACAGUUUCUUCUACGAUGAUAUUGCUCUUGUAAAACUGAAGAGAAAGGUUCGCUUUGAAGGAUUCAAGCCUAUUUGCCUUCCUGAUAAGAAGCUAUCCACACGAGAUCUCACUGGGCUUUUUGCAACAGCAGCGGGAUGGGGUUUAACUAGUUUAACACUAUUCGCAAAAACAAGUGAUGUCCUCAUGCAACUGAACAAAGUUCCUAUCAUCUCCAACGAAAAUUGUACCAAGAUACUCAAUAAAAAAAGUAUGUCGUUUAGCAGGCAAUUUCCUUUUAACAUUACUUCUGGUCUAUUGUGCACUGGAGUUUCAAGUCCGGGGCAAAACGCCUGCAAGGGAGAUUCUGGGGGUCCUCUGAUGUUCAGCGAUCGUGGUCGAUGGUAUGCUAUUGGAGUGUUUUCAUUUAUGUACAACUGCGGUUCAACUGGAAAUCCAAGCGGAUAUACGAGAAUCUCAGAGUAUUUGAGAUGGAUCCAUCAACAUGUGGACAGAGAUAAUAACAGCACAUAAAUUCUUUCCAAGAUACAAUUAUAGAGUGGUUCUAAUUAAGGGACGCUUAACCUUGGAGGAGUUGAAUUAUGUUAGAGAAUAAAAAGGAGAAAUUCUGAUACUGGCAGAAAGCUAAUAAUCGUUAUUGAUAAUGCAAACUGGCUAUCGUCACCUCUAUUGUAACAACUGGAAUCUUCAAUCUUUUGUCCGACUGAAGUCAUCUAAUCAGUCACUCUGUAUAUUCCAUGUACUUGUUUUCAAUUGUAGGUGAUGAAAUAUGAAUAAAUACAUCACUUCGAUUUUGCGAAUGCCUACUUAAAGUUUGUGAA